CUUGGAGCCACCGACUUCUCGAGCUUUGCUGGGCUGGAGCUCCUCACUAGCCGCAGGUUUUGCCGGCUGGCGAAAAAUCCCGACAGUACAGACAACGUUUACACCUCCACCAUAAUCGAACCUCGAUCGCUGCCAGGGCCAAUUGACGCCAAUUGACGUCCGACGCACCGAGCUCUGCAUCUCCUCCAUCCUCGGUCUCCGUCGCGAUCAGUUCAGGCGUCGCCAUGUCUACCACCAACGUCCUUCGGUACACGGCGCUGGGGCUGGGUGUUCUCUACGGCUUCUCCCACCAGAGGAAGAUCACGUCGACCCAGAAGACUGCGGCGGCACGUCACGAGUACGAGCACAAGCAGCACUUAAUAGAGCAGGCCAAGGCCGAGUUUGCCAAGAAGUCGAGCCCUGCGGCGGCAGCUGCAUCGAGCUCUGUGAACACCGAUUUCAACAACCCAAAGUUCGACCUGGAGGCAUACCUCAACGAUGUGUUCCAAAAGAACCCUUAAUGAACGGCCGCAUCGCCGGCGACGGCUUGAGCGAGGGGGAGCUUAUAGGGCAUAGGACCUCAAUGGGGGUCCGGGCGGGCCGACGAAGGUGACGAGACCUGAAUCCGAAGUCACGAUUGCCGCCAGCGCGGUCAGCAAAAUGACGUGCGCCGUACAGCCCAACCAUAAGAGGGGGCCACGACGACUUGUCCCUCUUGCGGGGAGAAAGUCGGUUGUAUGAUUCUCUGGGCUCGUGGGUAUCGACGUCGACACAGCAUAGACGCAUUUCCUUAGUUAUUGUCCUUUGACGCACUAUAAAUGUGUACAAUACAAAACUUAGAUGGUUGUUUACGCGCGGGCGUCUAACAGGCGGCAGAAGACGACGUCACAUACGCCCAUGUCAGUUCGCGUUGGAGAGAGUUGGAUAUAUAAAAAAGGUGGCCAGUGGGAUACCUCCUUUCCCAUGGCUUAGACAGGCGGAUCUAAUAUCUAGGUAUGCUUCCCUUGGUAUGGUGGGAAAUCUAUCAUUCGUCAUAGUAUGAGUCCUCCAUAGCCGUCGACGCGAUAGUCCAAAAUGUCUGUUGCAGCCCAAGCAGGAGCAGCAAGACGGGCAUCAAUGUCCUCUCUAAUAUCCAUAUGACAUGGUCCGUGCA